AUGGCUCUGGACUGAAUGAACAGACACGGAGCAAGACUGGGCUGGACCCUGGGAGGAUCUCAGCCUCCAGGAGGAGCAAGCUGGUUGUCUAACCUGCGAUGCUGGGAGCUAGGGAGAUUUAACACCACUGCAGAUGGCUGCCUGCAGCCUGGUACUAGGACUGUGGCUUCUGCUGCUUCUCCAGGAUAUCCAGACAGCCCCGCAGACAUCAUUAACCCCAUCUCAUUCCUGUGAUACACUUGAGAAUUGGUUCUAUGAUGAAACUUCACAAAGCUGCUGUUACCAGUGUCCCUCAGGCUAUGUUAAGAAGAAAGCAUGUCCUAGGGACCCAGAUGAAGACUGCAUGAGAUGUGGACCCGAACAAUAUGUGAAUGAAGCAUUCCAAAAGCCACGAUGUGACGCUUGUGUAUCAUGCACAAAAGAAUCGGACCUUGUGGAAAAAGAGCCCUGCUCCUUCAAUUCUAGCCGUGUGUGUGAGUGCCGACCAGGCCUGUUCUGUCAAACCCCUGUUCUGAACACCUGCAUACGAUGCCAGCAGCACACUGUUUGCAAGCCUGGUUUUGGAGUCAAAGUCAGAGGCACCUCAACGAAUGAUGUUACUUGUGAAGAGUGCCCUUCUGGGACCUUUUCUGAUCAAAAUUCCAGCACCGACAUCUGCAAGCCCCACACAAACUGUGCCAAGUUAAACAAAAUAGCACUAAGCAAAGGAAAUGCCACACACGAUCAGGUUUGCCUGGACCAAUUGCCCACCUACCUCACCUCAAGCACUUUGUCCAUGCGAUUCAGCAAUGAAACAAAUAACUCUGACCUAAGGAGGGUUGAAGAGAACCUGGUGACCAUGGGUAGUAUCCUUUUAAGUGCCAUAACAACUGAAAACCCCAGUUCAACUCCUGAGGAGAAAGCUCUGGCUGGCACUUUUCCCACCUCAGCCAAGGGGGAGACGACAAUGGGAGGUCUAGUUCUUUGGGCAGUGGUUCUCUCUGUGAUAGUGCUACUUGUGGGCAUGCUGUUAAUUUGGAAAUGGAAGGUUUGCAAGAAGCGGAUCCUCAUCCUCAAAGGAAAGCCACAUCUGCAUUCCAUCACUUCACACAAAUCCAGACUCAAAUCUCAAGGUUCUGAUUUAGUGAACAAAUGCGCAAAGAUCAUACUGACUACUGACAGUGGGCCAGAAGAGAAGGAGUUAAUUGACAGAACCCUCCCUUUGGAAACCAACAAUAACUUGGUCUCCAGCACAGAAAAAGCAUAUAGUCCUGAACUGAGUCUGACUGAUGUGACACAGAGCAAUGGAAAUGCUCCAGAUUGCCCUAUCGAUUCUCGAGUGAGAGACCACACAAAUAAUCGAAUUGAAAAAAUAUACAUCAUGAAGGCCGACACUGUUAUUGUGGGGUCCAUUUCAGAAGUGCCUAGUGGCAAGAACUGUGCUGCUAGAGGAUGUGAAAGUAGUGUUGAUGCCCAGGAAAACGUGGAAGAGGAACUGGCAAUGCACUAUCCAGAGCAGGAAACAGAGUCUUUUCGAGGGAAUGAUGUAACGGUUCCUGUAGAAGAAGAGGGAAAGGAAUUUCAUCACCCCACCACUGCCACUGAAAAGUGAUAACCCACUGAGAAGAUGUGUGAAGCUACAGAAAUAUCCAGUGUGACACUAAGCCUUGAAUCUAUGACAAGGGAGGUAAACACAUAGUGCCUUAGAUUAUCUGAAAACUCAGGUAAAACACUGAAACACAUUCAAACAAGGAGUGCUAGAAGCUAUUUUAUCUAACAAAUGAGAGGAUCAUCCAAACUGUUGGCCUUCAUAGCUGACGUCAAAUAUUUCUCUUUCCCUCUCUCUCCCCGCAUCGUGCUGGAAACAAAUUUGAAUCAAAGCUACAAAAUUCAGAGCACAUCUGGAUGCCAACUCAAGUUUCACAACUUGCUUUCUCUGCAUGAAGGAAUGGAUUGAAAACUAUGUCUGAUUACUUCUAUUAUCGUAUGAAAAUUCUGGCCAGAAUUCUGAGUUAAGCUUGAGACUCAGCCAUGUUUCAUAUGUUGUGUCUAUUCCAGUAUUACCAGUACUUCCAAUUUUGUCAUAUAUUUUGCAACAUCUGGUGUUUUUCUUAAGGCCUCAAUUCUUGAAUGAAAGUAAUGACAAUUUCAGUUUUACCUAACACAAACAGAACUCUUAAGUUUGUGGACUUCACAUUUCUUGAGGAAAUAGGAUCAAAAAGUGCCACACAGGCUCAGAAAACGGAAGGUAAAUAAAACUAGUUGAAGUCCACUGUACUUUAGGCCAUUCUUUCUAAUUCUUGAAGUCCAAUUCAUGUUUUUUGACUACUUCAAAUCAUCGGUAAGUGUACAAAAUAGCCUCUUCUGGUGGAAGCCAAACUGGCUGAAAAUUUGGAUAUUAGAUGAACUAUGGGUUUAGCCCAGUGUGGAGUCUGUAAAAAGGGAAAAGAAGAAAAUAAACUAGUUUUCUACAAAAAGGAAGGACUGAAAAACAGGCACAGCAGUUAUUUCCUAUAACAUUGUUAAUCUUUGCUUGUUUAGAAUUGCUCAUAAUCAUCAGGCUGAUACUGAUUUGCAUAUCUAGUCUUUAAAAAAAAAUCUGGUUUGUGGUCAACUGGCUUGUGUUAUGCUAUUUCUCAAUCUCUCACACUGCUUGUUUGAUAACUGUAAGUGUAAUAGUGCUGACUAUAUUUUUGCACAGGACAAUGGAAAAUGAACAAGAUGACAAAGUGUGCCUUAACAGUCAAAAAAAGGAACCACAAAACCAAUUACUUGCUUUGUAGUUUUACCCUGGACAGAGUACUGCAAUAACAGCUGUGCAACUUCAGCAUCUUUUGUCUUAGAACACACAAAAGGAACAUAAGGGCAUAAAAAACACCUUCUUGAGCCAGACAAGUAGUACAAGCCCAACAUUUUAUCUCUGACAGUCGCAGUAAGAGAUGUUAUUUAGGAAGAGCACAUAAGCCUGUUAAUAUCUGCUGUUUGCAUUCCUCAUAGUUCUGCAACAUCAGCUGUAAUUGGAUUAAGGAUGUUAAAGAGUUUGUCCCAGCCUUUAGCGUUCAUUCAUACUGCCAUUAAUUUUUCUUCUCUCUUUUGAAUUUCCUGGUACAGUCUGCCUCCAUAAGCACCUGUGGCAACAGAUUACAGGUAGUUACUAUUCACUGUGUAAAGAAGUACUUUGACCGCUUUUAAACUGACCUCUUGCUUAUCUCAGUGAGUGCCACUAGUUCUUGUAUUACAGCAUUUAGUGCAAUACUGAGUUGCUUUUACGAUUCUUGAUUGUAUCCUCCUCAGCCCCCAAGCUGAGUUCCCAUCUUUUUACGUUUCUCAUGUAAGUUAGAUGCUCCACUGCCUUGGUCAUUUUAGUUGACCUCUUCUGCAUCUUCUCUAACUUCACUACAUUCUUCUGGACAUCUGGAGGCCAGAACCAUGCACUGCACUGAAGAAGAGGGGUGGGCCAAGGUUUUAAAGAGCGGCAAAAUGAUACUCUAUAUUUUGUUCUCAAUACCUCUACAGAUGAUGCCCACCAUUUUAUUUGCUUUUUUUGGCUGCCCCUGCAUACUAAGCAGAUGAUUUCAGAGAACCAUCAAGAAUGACUCCAGGAUCACUUUUCUGAGCAAUAGCUGCUAGAUGCGAAUUCAGCACCAUGUACGCCUGGUUUAGAUUAUUUUUCCCUAAAUGUAUUGCCUUGUGUUUAUCUAUGUAGAAGGUCAUUUGCCUCCUUUUUAUGAGCUCCUUCUGGCUUUACUUGCCUCUAUAUGUCAUGUAAGUACCUGGAGAAGUUUAGUAUUACUUUCAUUGUGUGGGUGCUCUUUUCUCCAGAUCAUUGAUGAAGAUAUUGAAUAGAACUGGCCCCACCAAUCCUCCCUGCUAACUGUUCUCUAUCCUGAAAAAAUACCAUUAUGUUGUGCUCUUUCCUUCCUGCCUUUUAAACAGCCAUAACUUUUGUAUCCUGUAAACUUUUAUCAAAUCCAUAAACGUACCUUUCCUCCAAUCCUGUGACAACUUUGUUUUUCCACCACCUUAGGUGUGGAACCUCAAUCAAAGGCUUUUUAAAAAUCUCCAUGUAGUAGGUCCACUGGAUCUUGUUUAUCCAUUAAGCCUCGCAAUAUAUGGGAAGCUUUUUACUCAAGAUUUUGUGAUUGAAGAAAUACAUCAAGAGAAAUUCAUACCUUUCUGGAACCGCAGCCCCAGAGAUGAAGUGGGAGAAUCUCAGCUUUAUGGGAUCUAGUCACUGGCUUUCAUCAAUGGGUAAUCUACCUGUAGUAUAUUUGAAAACUGGUUGUAAUUUCAAGUGUUGUAAGUUCCAGUAUUUAAUUCUUGAAUUCCACUCUUCUCUGCAAGUCCAGAACAUUUAUUUUAAUAAUUUCUAAAAACAACUGCUGUCACUGUAUAUUUUAGUUCGUCUAUUGACUCUUGCAAGAGAGGCAAUUAGUGAAUCCUUUCUGUGUACUUCUGUGUUUGUUCUUGCUUUGUUUCAUUCAGAAGAUAAGCUGCUCCUAAUGCUCGCAUUGAAAUUUCUUUUGGCUGUCAGUAUCGCCAUGUCAGUGGCAGUUACGUGGGAUGAAGAAGGAAACAGAAUGAACAUUUUUUGGUUUAAGUGCUUGUUGUGCAACAGAAGGUCAAGUCACCAAGUACUGACAUAAAACAGCAAUGCAAGGAAGAAGAAAAAACUGUGUAGGACAUAUACCGGUCACCCUUUCCUCACUUCCAGUCAGCUUAGUUCAUUGUUUUCCAGUACAUGUGCUUCAUUCUAGAAAAAUACAGGAACUUCUAUUUCAUUUUAGAGAAUGCCAAUUUGUGUAUCCACAAAUUGUGAAUAACCAUGGUCACCUGGCUGUGAUUGUUAAAGGAUGUUCUGUAAUGACAGCUAAUUGUAUAUUUCAGGUCUGUAUAUAAAUUAAUCUUUUUUACUGGAACACCUUUCUAGAUGAAUCAUAUGCAUUGCAACCUGCUAGAUGUAUUAUAGUUGGUUAGUUUAAUAAUGCUGGUAAUCUUUGAAUUAAAAAUUGCAUGGGUUUUAGACCAUA